UAAUCUUCGGAGAGCUGAGGGGAGAGGCAGAAGCAAGUUUGUACCUCACACCAGCUCCUGACAUAUAGACCACGUGACUGUUACGCCAUUGGCUCUACCAGCAGCAGCUUCACUGUAAAGACGUACGCGCUGCUGCCUAAUCAAAGCUGCUCUGUCUCCAAGAGUCAUCCACACAGCGCAGCGACCAGAAGAUGCUUCCCACACCACAUGCGGGAAACCUUCUGAAAAGUACAGAGCCUGGAGUCUCUUCGCUAGAGAUAGGUCAGGUGUUAACCCAGCCAAUUGGAUACAUUGAAUCCUGUUUUACUGGGAAAAAUGGUACUCCAAGGCAGCCUUCUAUCUGCAGUUUGUCUCGGGCCUGUUUAAGAAUUAGCAAAAAGGUUUUUAAUAACCCUGAGCAUUCACUCAUAGGUCUGCAACAAUUUUCCCACAUAUGGAUUUUGUUUAUUUUUCAUAAAAAUGGACAUUUAAAAUGCAAGGCAAAAGUCCAGCCACCAAGGCUGAAUGGAGCAAAGACUGGAGUAUUCUCUACAAGAAGUCCUCAUCGUCCCAAUGCAAUUGGCCUUACACUGGCCAAAUUGGAUAAAGUAGAAGGUGACACUGUGCAUUUGUCUGGGAUUGAUAUGAUACAAGGAACACCAGUUAUUGACAUAAAGCCGUACAUUGCUGAGUAUGAUUCACCACGACCUACAGUUUCUUUAAAAGAGUUUGUACAAGAAGGUGAAGGUGGUGAUGCUUCCAAUGCUGUGGUAAAGACAGAUCUUUCUGAACAACACCAAGAAAGAUCUGCCCAGGAUGAUAGUGGGCCUUCCUUGGACACAGAUAAAUGUGAAAUAUCUGACAUAAACUGCAAAAUUCUAGACAACGUGAAACAAAAAGUAGCCUUGGAGACUUCAGAUGAACCAUCUCUUAUGGAAGACACUUGCUCUCUGCCAGAGUUUUUAUCCAAUGAACUUGUAGAGGACAUUAUAACACAGAAACAAAGUAAAGCCUUACCUUGUGAUGGAUCUGCAAACUUAAGUGCUGUUCAAGACAAACCCAGUAUCACUGACAGUUUUGUUCCUAAAUGGGUAUCCGACUCACCUGUGCCCAGUUUAACAGUAAGAUUUACACCUCACUCAGAAAGAGAAUUGCGGCAGUUCAAAUCACCAUGUGAAUCAGGAGAACCAUCAUUCCGUUUUCUUCAGUCUUUUGAAGAGGCACAAUUGGCAAUAACUAAUGUUCUCUCUGCUGACCCUCGAUCAAUCUACAGAAGAAACCAGUGUCUGGAUCGCCUCUUUUACUUUAGCAUUGAUACAAUUCACAUCACCUCCUGGUUUGGAGAUGGAUUUGCAGAAGUACUUAAAAUACAACCUGUUGCAGGGCAGCCUAAAGGUGGCCAUACAAAUUAGACUUAAAGGGGUACUCCACUGGCCAGCGUGGAACUGAAUGUUCGGCCACGCCCUCUCAUGACGUCAAGUCUAUUGGAGGGAGCGUGACUGCUGUCAAGCUCUCUCCCAUAGACUUGCAUUGAGGGGGCGUGGCUGUGACAUCAAAAGGGGGCGGGGCUGACCCCCGCAGUGUGAAAACAGCGAUCAGAACAAUUAGUUCCACUCUAGCCAGUGGAGUACCCCUUUAAAUGGGUUGUCCUAGCAAAGAUAUUUUUAUAUAUAUGCUCAAGGAGGGGUCUAGUAAUAAAAAUAUGGAGGGGGUAUUUGUAUUGUACCAAUAUGAAAAUUUGGGAUAUUUUUAUAUUAUUUUAAUUAUGCUCAAGGGGGUCUAUUAAAAAAUAUGCAGGGGAUAUUUGUACUUUUAUUGGUUAUAACAACUGUCUUUCUAUUUAUAUUAGGGAGCAGCAAUAUGUUGUCCUGUAAUGGUUGCCUCCUAUUGUUAUGUAGGCAGGCAGGCUGAAUGUACCUUGACAGAGAACAGAGCCCAUCUCUGCCUCUCUGUGCAUAGGACCAUGCGAUUUUACUUUAAUCUUGAUACAAUUCACAUCACCUCCUGGUUUGGAGAUGAAUUUUCAGAAUUACUUAAAAUACAACCUGCUGGGCAGCCUAAAGGUGACCAUAUUAAUUUGACUUAAAUAAAAAUAUUGGAUAAUUAUAUAAUGCUAUAGGAGAGGGGGUCUGUUAAAAAUAAAAUAAAAACGGGCAACUGAUUAUCUGAGCGGGCAUGUGAUGUCAUAUCCCUGGAAGGGCCGCACAGCAGGAAUCAUGAUCUAGGCAGCAGUGCAAGAGCGAUGAAGUUAAAUGUGUCUUUUUUUAUUUUUUUUAUUCGGCCUCAUCCAUAGAAUAUACGUAAAAAUAAGAUGUUCUGCCUCAGUACAUUAACAUUUAUUGGAGGGAAUAAAAGAUCUGGCCUAUGAAUUUCAACAUCCUAGAUUCUGUGUUCUCAAGGGAGGCAUCUUGGAGCGGCUUAUCUUAUUCCCCAUUGAAAUCACUUGCAUACUUCAUCUUACUGAGUAUGCAUGCAUAUGGGGAGUCUGCUAGAAAUAGCUUAGUGUGUAAAUUACGACACAAACCUGCAAUAAGCUUUGUUUAAUCUCUUUUAUGAACGAUGUAACAACUGUAUAAAAGGGCCAGUAAGCAAAGUCUAAUCUGCUGGCUAAUUGUUUUGUUUUGCCCUGUCAAAAAAAAAAAAAUCAUUGGCUUUUGGCCCCACUUAUUCCAUGUAAUAGGGGAUGUGCGGUCAACGACUGACUCUCUGCAUGAUCACUGAGCUGUGUAAUAGGCUCUGUAAACAAGUGCUGAUCUGUCAGAUCAGCACUUGUUUAGGCUAGGUUCACAUUGCUGUGUGCAUCCGACCCAUUAAGGGUCCGAUCAGUUUUUUUUUUUUCUUGAGCAGAAUGGACCCUAAAAUUGGUCGGAUGCAAACAGCUACUUCCGAGUCCCGAUGGAUCCCAUUCAAUUGCAGGGGAUCAGACGGCGAUCCGGUAAUUUUACAGGAGUUUAGCGGAGAAAAAAUUGUGCAGGCACAAUUUUUUUUCUCCACUAAACUUGACGGAACUGCCGACUGAGCUCCACCUAAUGGAGCCAGACAGGAGUGUAAACAAGGCCUUACAGUACACCUAGGAACCAUAGUAUGCUGGCCUAAAGUAACCAGACUCUGGACCAUGGACUGCAGACCGCACUGGAAGGUAAUUAAAUUUUGUGAAUUGCAAAAUUGCAAUGAUGGUGUUGUUACAUUUGUGUAUAUAUAAAAAAAAAAAAAGUAAGAAUUUUUUUUACUCAAAAGAUUAAAGAGGUACUAUGGGGAAAACAUUUUUUUUUUUUAUAGUGCAGCAUAGGCUAUUAUUUUAGAAUGAAGCAGAUGUUCUUGUGAAUGCCUUGUGCAUAAAAGAGGUGACUUUUUUUUUUUUCUUUAGUUGUGCUUUAUGUCGAAUCUACUGUAAACAGAUCACUAAAAUCCCUUGCUUAUCCUGCCUACAUUUCCCAUGAAUCCUCGGACUGCAGCUUAUAGUUUUUAAACAUGCAAAUUUACAAUAAAAUAAAGUAUAAAAGUAUAAGUUAUUAUAAGUUAUUUAUACUUUUUAACUUUUUAUCUUUUAUGCCAUUAUAAGUUCUGACAGAUUGUUGCUGGAAAGCAUUUAGUAAAGAGAGAGUGAAGAGGCAUUAUUUGAUUGAUUUGUGUUGAUGGUCACAUUUUUGAUUCUUGAUAGUUUACAUAUUAUGCUUGACAUUCAGCUAGAAAGAGAGAGAGACAGCUGUAAGUUGUAGAAUCCCUCAAAAAUAAAGUGCAAAAACCCCUGAAGACACAGAAAAUUCUAGUUUUUGCAUUUUUUUUCCCUCCUUCCUCAUCUU